AUGUUAUGGCAAUCCCGGGCACAGCUCGAUGUCAAAUGGAUGCAUAAGUUUGGGCCGAUCUAUGGAUACUAUUCAUUUAAUAAGCCUAUACUGACUGUCGGCGAUCCGGAACUAAUCAAACAGAUAUGGAUUAAAGAUUUUCAAGUAUUUCCCAACAGAUUUAUGCCGUCCGCCGACAACAACAAUACAAACAGUCUAUUCGGUCUUAACAUCGACGAAACAACUGGCCAGCACUGGCAUCGUAUCAGACAGGCUAUUAAUCCGACGUUUACAUCGGCCAAACUUAGAUCAUCGCUAAUACCGAAAAUCGACCGAUGCUUAAGCCAACUGUUCAAUGCUAUGCAACCGAUGGUCGAUAGGAGUAAACCCAUUGAAAUGAAACGUCUGAUGCAACCAUAUGUUAUCAACAUAUUUGCCGCUUCUAUAUUCUCCCUGUCCAUCGAUGCCCAUCAACAACCUGAUCAUCCCUACGCCAGCCAUACACUGGUCCGAUCGUUGGCCGUCCGAUUGUUGCCGACAUUUUUGUUGCGAUCGUUGCGCAUGAAAAACGAGUCGAUGUACGAGGAUAUGGCCAAUGAAUACUUUCUGGGACUGACCAGACAUUUGAUGGCUGAGCGCAACAACAACAACAACAACAGUACUGAUGGCCACAACAAUAGACAGUACAACGAUUGGCUGGAAGAGCUAAUGAAUGCUAAAGUUAGCGAUAAAAACAACAAAACUGAUGACUCAACUGAUGCCAAACUGACUACCGAUGAAAUACUGGCCAACAUAUGGAUACUGACUAGUAUUGGCUUUGAUUCGACAGUAACCACUCAUACGUACGCCAGCUAUGAGUUGGCCGCCGAUCAUGAGCUACAGUCAAGAUUGUACAAUGAAAUUGCCGAUUGUUCAGCAAACGGACAGUUGUUAGACUACGAUCGGGUACUCAAUCUACCGCUGCUGUCGGCAGUUAUUAGCGAAACAUUACGCAAACAUUCGCACGCCGUCCGCGAAACACGUAUAGCCGAUCGCGACUAUCAGCUGUCGGGUACCGGUAUUACCGUAAAACAAGGCGAAACUGUUGAACUGCCUAUUUAUGCUAUACAUCACUGCCCUGACUACUAUCCCGAACCUCAUCUGUUCCGAGCCGACCGUUUUCUGCCCGCCAAUCGUCACAAACUGAUACCCUAUACAUACCUGCCGUUCGGGUUGGGUCCCCGACACUGUCUGGGCAAACAAUUUGAGCUGAUGCUGGUCAAGCUGACCCUGGCCAAUUUGAUAUACCGUUACAGGUUGACUACAUGUGCCCAAACUGAUCCCCGACAGCAGCACAACUCCUAG